AUGUUCCGGUUGAAGGAUGGUCUCCACAUCUCAGUCUUUGCGGCCAAGCACGACACUGAGUCGGGGAAGCGAUUGAGUACGCAAGAGCUAUGCCACGUGCUCCGCCACGGAGACGACUCGCAACUGCCGACCCCCGGCCUCUUCUUCUACGCCCAAGGCAUACCGGUCGUGGUGACUCGCAACCAGUUUGUCGGGCUAAAGGUGGUCAACGGGGCGCCUUUCAAGGCCGUCGACAUCUUUCCCGACCUCGCCGCCGGCACCAUCGCGCUCGCCAGCGAUGUGAUUCUUCAUCUUGGACCGCCGGUGGCCGUCCUCCUUCAGUCAGACGACAGCGCGGGCCUCGCCAUCCCCGGGCUCCCCAAUGGCACCAUUUUAAUCAAGAGCAAGACGGUCGCCAUCCCGAGCCAAAUGCGGGGCAAAGAAGGCAGAUGGAGGGGCAAGCCGGGUUUCAGUCUCUCGUCCCUCGCCACACUCGCAGGCAGGACGUUUUCGUCUUCAUGGCCUCCGGGCCAGAAGCAGGUUCAUUGUGAUCAUGACAGUGUCUGGUUUUGUUUCCGGCGAAUAACGAGCCAAGAAACGGGAAACGGCCUCUCCAACCGAGCCAAGCAGGAAGCAAAAAAGAAGACAGACAGCCUCUCCGGCCGAUCCAAGCAAGAAGAGAACAAAGAAAACAGCCAUGGGUUCACGCCCUCAACGCUUAUCGUUAUAAUAACCGAUUAUUUAUACAGUCAAGAUGAAGGCGAAAAGCUUCCAUUUCGUUUUAUUAGCGAGAUGUUGAGCCGCAACAAGAACAAAAAGUUGACGGUCGUGGUUCCAAGAACCCAAGGGGAGCGCUUUCGUUACCUCCUUGUUUGUUGGAUGGCUACGGCAAACAUUCCGUUCGCCGCAGUGGAAAACAAGUAUUACCGUCAAAUACUACAGCUCUUCAACGCUCCAUUGACUGACGCCCUUCUUCCAAAAGGGGGGGAUACAACAAGAAGCUGGCUCACAAGUAUGUAUCACGAUCUCCUUGAUUCCAUCAAGGUUAAGCUCAAGGCUUCUCUACAUCAGAAACACCUCUCUUUCGAUCUGUGGACCUCCUCUCAUGACCUUGCGCUACUCGCAGUCGUUGUUCAUUACUUUGAGAGCUCUGGCAAUUAUCAAACACACCUCCUGACUCUGUCACGGAUUACGGGGACUCAUGCUAGCGAGAACAUUGCACCUGGUGUUCUAGACGUCAUCAAGACGUUUGACCUACAGCCCUGCCUUGGAUAUUUCCAAACCGACAAUGCAGAUAACAACGAUACGGCAAUGACGAGGGUCCUUUUACACCUCAAUCCAACGCUUUCCCCUGCGCAAGCCAUCGCCCUCAAAUGCAAGGUCCGGGUCCGUUGUUUCGGGCACAUAUUGAACCUUGUUGCUAAGGCCUUCCUUCAAGCAACCAACAAGAAGCUCAUCAAGUCCUUGGCACCGGAAUCCCUGGCACACCACAACGCAGCGGAAGAGGGAAGGCUUCUUCAGGAAUGGCGCAAGUCUGGCCCUAUUGGAAAGCUCCACUUCCUGGUUCAUCACAUUCGCCGCAGUCCUCAACGCCGGGAUCUGUUUUCGGAUAUCGCUAAGAGCAAGUUGACAGAGGAAGAACAGCAAGAAUUCGGCGCUAUUCUAAUGGACAAGGACAUUGCAAAGCUGCAGUUGCGUUCGGACAAUGAGACUCGAUGGCAUUCAGUCUACCACAUGAUCGACCGGGCAAUCAUGUUACGUGAUCCUCUGGAUUAUUUCGUCAACAUCGUGACCAAGAAGGAUCCAGAUAAUAUCACGAGCGAUGACCAGCUUACGCCUUCAGAGUGGGUGGUGCUCAAAGAGAUCCGUUGCAUCUUGGAACCGUUCAAAAUCAUUACAAAGAAGUUUGAGGGCCGGAAACCAAACUUUGCAGACGUCGUAUCACAUGCCUACACCCUGCACAGGAACCUCAACGAACUCUAUCAACAGUAUGCCAGAACAGCUAGUCAACAUCACGGUUUCCAUGGGGGUCCCUGGGUUGGUAUACGGCCACCGUCGCCGGCCCUGGGAAACUCUGUCAAUCCCGGUCGGAUGCAGUCGCUUUCGUCAGACCCAGACCCAGAUAUUGAACCCCCAAGUCAACGGCGGUCUGGGCGAACUAUCCGGCCUCCAGCUCACUUGGACGACUUUGAAGUUGACCUCCCAGCACUUGGAUAUCGGCCCUCUACCACAGAGCCCCACCCAGCGCCAUCGCCACGCCCUCAACAGCGUGUUGUUCAACUUGGGGAGGUAAUUGACGAUGAAGUUGAUGAUACUGGGUAUGCCUUUAUCCAAAAGAGUCUCAAACUUGCCAUUAAGAAGCUGGAAAAGUAUCUGGCGAUCAUGGACGCCACCCCAGCUUAUUGGGCGGCAAUGAUACUACUUCCGAACUGUAAGAUGCGGUGGAUUGAGCGGUUUUUUACAGAUGAUCCGCUUAAGUCGUCCGACAUUCAAGCCCGGUUCCGGGUUUUCUUCGACCACAAUUAUCCUCGACCGGCUCCGGAUUCAUCAAACGGGUCCCGGGACCGACCUUCACAUCGCCCGGCGUUUGGGUAUGACUUCUAUGACCCUCUGGAUCGCGUAUCCGUUGAUGAGCGCUGCGUGCCAGCAAAGACCGCAGCGUCUGUGCACCUCUGUUGCCAAGCCCAACUUCGAGACGCUCAUGGUAAUUAUCAGAAGAGCCAGGGCAAGCAGUUCUCGGACGUGCUCGCCAACCUCAAAGGCGUCCACUCCAGCGCCCCACAGCCGACAGACCCCAACAGAUCGUCCGUGCACCACCACUGCCAAGCCCAACUUCGAGGCGCUCAGGACGAUCUUACGAAAAGACGAACGAGCAUUCGAAAAAUAAGGGAGAGGUUCAUCGGCGAGAGGCGAUCGAGACCAGGAAGCUUUUGUGAAAGUCGGGCGGCACUGCCGAGGGACUGCAAGAUGGCGGCGGAGGCGCAGCCCCAAAUCGUGGUCGAGGUGGCCGACCAACCACCUUCGCCGAGACGACCGAGCCGCGCGUUGAAACCGAGCGCGAAAGCUCGCGAAGCCAUGCAAUCGCUCGAGGACGUGGCUACCACGUCGAGGAGAGCGGCGAGCGAGACCACGCGGGCGGUUACGACGCGAGGAGCACGCGCGUCUGGGAUUUUAUAUGGAGCCAACAGCCGGAUCGAGACGGGGAAGUCAGGUAUACAGAUGCUCCUGGAGGCGAUCAACGAACAACGAGACGAAAUGUACCGAAUGAUUACCGAGCAGCGAAACACGAUUGGCGAACUACGCGAGGUGAUUUGCAAGCAGCACGACGCGAUUCAAGAACUACAUCGCCAACUUGCAGACACCAGGACCCAGCUUUCUGAAGAACUGAGACAAGCGCGGGAUCAGAUUGAUACCCUUCAACGCCACCCGGUAGCCAUGGCUUCGUCCCAACCAAGCGCAAGAGGGUCAUACGCCGAAGUCGCUCGCACCCCACCAUCAAGCCAGCCAAGCGGUGUGCGCACCCUCUCCUCGCGAAACACGACGCCUUCAUCCUUUACCGACACGUUGUUCUGUACGAUCGAUACAUCUAGGGUGGAGGAGAAAGAGAAGGGAAACGUCCAGGUGGCGGACAUUAGAAAGGCAAUCGAGACAGAGGCCAGGGCACAGGAAAGCAUGGGAGACUGGCGUUGCGCUGCGGUUGUGAAGGAGGCCCGAAACCCGGACCGAGUCAGAGUAAUCUGCAGGGACGAAGGCGAGGUCCAGCUCGUCAAGGAAGCGGCAGUGAAGAUCAGUGUUCCUGGAGUGCGGGUAUUGAGAGACCAGUUGUACCCGGUGAGGGUAGACAAUGCCAACCGAACAGCGGUCCUCGAUGCGGACGGAAACAUCCUGCCGGGAGCCGCAGAGGCGCUAGGGACAGAGAACGACGUCAACAUUGCGAAGAUUGCCUGGCUCAGCAGGAAGGAUACAAGCAAGGCCUACGGCUCGAUGGUUGUCUACGUGACGAAGGGCAGCGAAGCAAGGCGACUUCUAGACGAGCGUUACUUCCAUCUCGCCGGAGAAUCCGCUUACACGACCGUUUUCGCGCCCCGGGAAGGCCCAAUCCAGUGCUACAGAUGCCAGGAGAUCGGCCAUAAGGCCUUCGCCUGCAAAAAGCCGCAAAGAUGCGGAAGGUGUGCGGAACAGGGUCACCACCACAAGACGUGUCAGUCCGUGACGCUUAAGAUCCUUCAGCUCAACGUCCGCAAACGGAGAGAAGUGCAGCAGAGUCUGCUAAACGACGAGGGACUCAAGGACUUCGCAGUGCUGGCCAUCUCCGAACCAUAUGCCAGGCUGAUCGAAGGCUCGGUGACGACGGUCCCAAUGAGUCAUCACAACUGGACGAAGCUUAUACCAACGACAAGACGAGAAACCACGUGGCCAAUUCGGAGCAUGCUAUGGGUACGAAGCGAUAUAGAGGUCGAGCAGAUUCCAGUGCCGUCGGCAGACCUCACCGUCAGCACGCAUUCGGCUCCCAGAUCGGGCAGUGCUGAUGGUGUCAGUCAGACCAACUACUCAGAUGCACGAUUCACCCCUGCGACCAUGGCUCAGACCACAGAGCAAUCGAGACAGCUUUUGACACCACGGUGGAGGGACCGUCCCAGUGAGACGAGGUUCCUCUUCAAGAACGCGCCCUGGGCGGAAAUUAGGACUAGGGUGGCAGCAAACCUCGAACGCAUCCCCUGGGACGGCAAUGUCCAGCAGCAGACGGACAGGCUCAUGGCAGCGGUAACCCGAGGCGGUCUACGGCCUGACACCUAA